ACGCAGCCAAGUUUUUCAUCAACAAACAUACAGUAUAUGAGUGAUGAAAUUGAGACUGAAAAGUCGUGUUGUUGUGUGAUUUUUGCAGCCAAAUCCAAAUAGAAACUGUAGUUUUUUUUUCAUUUCAAGUUUAAUCCAACAAAGCAAACAAAUAUUUCUUUAAAGAGCAUACAGUACACAAGGGAAAAAAAUUGGAGCUGGAGGUAAGUCUUGCUGUACGAUUUCACCGUCCAAACACAAAACAAAUCGUACUUUGUUCAGUUUUAUCCAACAACACAUUCAAGUUUUCCUUCAACGAGCAUACAGUAUAUGAGUGAUGAAAUUGAAACUGAAAACUCCUGUUGAAAAGUGAUUUUUGCGGCCAAAUCCAAAUAAAAACUAGUUUUUUCAUUUCAAGUUUAAUCCAACAAAGCAAAUAAGUUUUUCAUCAACGAGAAUACAAUAUACAAGUGAUGAAAUUGGAAUGGAAAACUCCUGUUGAAAAGUGAUUUUUGCGGCCAGAUCCAAAUAAAAUCUGUACUUUUUUCAUUUCAAGUAUAAUCCAACAAAGCAAAUAUUUCUUUAAAGAGCAUACAGUAUACAAGUGAUAAAUUUGGAACUAAUAAGAGUGUUGCUGUGUGAUUUUUCAACAAAUAAAAAUUGAACUUUGUUUAAUAUUCGUGUAGUUGCGAUGGGGAUAUGCAUGGUGGUCUUGUUACUGUUUAGUGUAACCGUGAAAGGGGACCUGUUCACAGCUCUGGUCGAUUUGGAAGCUCUAGUCGAAACAGAAGCUGUACUCAUCAAAGGACUAGACGAUUACAUUGGUGCAACUGAGCGGCGGCUGUCACAACUUAGAAGACGUGCAGCCGAUUACAGAAAAGUGCACAGUGAGGCGAUUGAAGAUGUGGAUGCCUACCUUCAUAAUCCAAUUAAUGCAUAUAAGCUAAUCAAACGGCUCACGAAAGACUGGGAACAGAUGGAAUCGCUAAUGUUUGAUUUUGAUGAGGAUGGGUGGAUAGAGAACCGGGGGCGGUUGAGGUUUCCUUCGGAGGCGGAUGUCCUGGGGGCGGUGACGGCUCUGUUGCGACUCCAGGACACCUAUCAGCUGGACACCGCCUCUCUAGCCCGGGGGCAGCUCAACGGUGUACAGUACUCCACUCAACUAACUUCUGACGACUGUUUUCAUAUUGGUCGACAAUCGUAUAACAACCGCGACCAUUACCAUACAGUGCUAUGGAUGUCUGAAGCCCUUCAACGGUAUCAACACGAGGAUAACGUCAAACGAAAGGAGAUUCUAGAGUGCCUGGCAUAUUCUAGUUACAAGCAAGGCAACGUACGAUCUGCGUUACAGUUUAAUGACGAAUUGCUGAGAAUUAAUCCCGAUCAUUUAUUUGCCCUCAGCAACCGCACUGUCUACCUGGCAGACCUCAAAAAAGGGAAAAAGGGAAAAAUCGAGCACCCAGAUGAAGAUUUCGAGGUUUACCAGCAACUAUGUCGCAAAGCUGUCUCUCCCUCUCCACAGUUGCUCUCUCAACUGAAGUGUCGCUACGUCCAUAGAAACCAACCAUUCCUCAGGAUCGGCCCAUUCAAAGAAGAAGAAGCCUAUGUAGACCCUAGGAUAGUUUUGUAUCAUGACGUCAUCUACGACAGCGAAAUCGAAACCAUCAAGAGGUUGGCACUGCCAAAGCUGCAAAGAGCCACAGUGGCAAAUCAUGGAGUGUCCGACUAUCGGAUCAUGAAGUCAGCGUGGCUGAACGACACCAUUCACCCAUCCAUCGCGCGACUGAGUCGGCGUGUCGAGCUGAUGACGUCACUAACAUUGGCCACAGCAGAUAAGCUCCUUGUGGGCAACUACGGUAUUGGCGGUUACUAUGAACCACACUAUGAUUUUUUUGGAGGAUGGCAUAGGAAGAUUAUUGUUUCCAGUGUGGACCGAAUAGCUACAGUGUUGUUUUACUUGAGUGACGUAGCAGGUGGAGCGACAGUGUUUCCAAAGUUGAAAGUGGCCGUGUGGCCACAGAAGGGAACAGCUGUUUGGUGGUACAACCUGUACCCCAGUGGGGAGUGCGACUUUGAUACGAAACAUGCUGGCUGUCCGGUUCUCGCCGGGUCCAAGUGGAUUGCAACCAAAUGGUUCGAUGAGAACGGUCAGGAGUUCAGACGACCGUGCAAACUGCACAGAGAUAGUCGCAACUGACAACCUUAGAAUCAUCUACUAAUAGUUGUGUUAAAUAUCUGUUUUCAAGCAUUUUCUGACUAUAAAACAAUAAUUAUUAUCACAAUA